AUGGACUCCUCUCCGAGCCGCAGCAGCAUGGCUCCUGCCGCCGGCAUGAAGCGUCCUGCUUCGCUGCUGCCGGCUUUUGAGCCCUUGACCUCGUCCCCGUCUCUGCCUCGCCCGACCAAGCGUGUUGCACGCGAACCAGCCGUCUCAAAGUACCCUACUCCGGUCCCAACCUCCUCGACUCAUAUCAUGUCCUCUUCGCCUCCCGGCAUCGCUGCUGCUCGCCCUUCAGAGCGCCGUACCUUCUCGUCCACGUCCGAGCGAGCUCCCUUGUCCACCGUGCCCGAACUCAUGCUGCCGGAGAAUGGAGAACCCCUCCUGAUGGGACGUUCAAGUCUCUCGUGUCAGCAUCAGCUGGCUAACAGCCGAAUGAUCUCUCGUGUUCAUGUCAAGGCUACCUACAAGCCUGCGCCUAACCCCUUCGACCGUGACCGAGUCGAGAUUAUGUGCAUGGGCUGGAAUGGCAUUAAGAUCCAUUGCCAGGGAAAAAAGUACGAUCUGGCCAAGGGGAAGACCUUCACGUCGGACAUCAAGGAUGCCGACAUCAUGAUUGACGUGCACGAAUCUCGCGUCUUGGUUCAAUGGCCCCGAAAGGAACUCGAAGAUGAUAGAAAGGAUUGCCCGUCCACCGACUCGGAGCAAACCUGGGAUGAGGGAACCCCAACCCAGAAGAGACCUCUUCGUACAUUGGAAGGCAGUCCGUUCCCCGAGAACCAACGCCUGGCUUCACCGGUGUCCCCGUCGCCCGCCGUGCAGCGCGCUAUUCCUCCUUCCUCGCCGCUCUUUGCUCGCUCCCAGGCCCCCCCGGUGGUCGUUUAUGAAGACCAAGGCUCCCCUCUUAAGCGUCACAAUACCGUCACCGGAAUAACUUCCAGCAGUGCUCGUCGCGCGAGUCUACUUCUCCAGAGCUCCCAGGGAAUUGACCUGGGUCACCGUGAAGACGAAGAGUCCGAUGGUGAGAAUGAUGAGGAGAAUGAUCCCGUUAUUCACUCCUUCGGACCCUUUGGUGAGAACCUCUUGCCUCGUAUGGCCUCGUUCCACGCCGGUGAAUCGCCCGUUCGGGCCCGUUCUCCUAUUCGCGCUCGUUCUCCCAUUCGCACCGCGUGUUCUCCGCGCAGCCUGCCCCCGGCCGAACAUCUUCAACCCGCUCCGUCCCCCAAGCACCAUUCUCCUUCUCGCUCGAACUCGCAGCCGAACCUGCAACCUCAUUACGAGCGCCAUCACUCUGAAGAGUCCAAAUAUAUCAAUCCUACCAUCGACGACGAGAGCGUCGACCGCAUCCGCAACCACGCCGCCAACCAGCUGGCCUUCUCCCGCCUCGCCUCCACGCCCUUCUCGACCAUCAUGAACAACCUUCCCCCGAGAUCCGCCGGUCCGUCGGCACUCCUGAUGCACUCCCAGUGCAUCGGCAAGGUGCCCCGCCAGGGCAAGGAUGCUGCAGGCAAACCCCUCGAGGCGGAGUACUACUAUGUCCCCGACUUUGAUGACGAUCCCACUCGCCUGGAGGCUCACCGGAUGGGCAAGCCCGGCCUGCGCAACUGCCGUAAACAGCACAAGCAAUACUUCUGGCGCAAGCCAAAAUGA